AUGGAUACUUUUUGCAGAAAGUCGAAGUCGGAACGCCAUGCCAGUCGAGAAAAAGAAUGGCGAGUGGUUGAGUAUGACGUUGGCGCAGGUGUUCAAAGAUCCCUGGAGUUCUGUUUCGAGGAAGAAAGCAACGACGUGGGAGACCAGGUGAUCUACAAAACGAGGGCUGGUCGUCAAAUCGUCGCCAUGCUCGUUGCCAGCUCCAAAAUGGGCAUGACUCCGAUGGAUGUGUUCAAUGAGGUACUCGUGGAAGAUCACGACAUUCUCGCGUUUCUUAAAGAAUACAGCGUCACUGAAGAUGUAGGACAUUCAGUGACGACUUGGAGUCGCAUUCAAGGUAUUAGGGAAAAAGCUUACCUCCUCUUCGCGAAGCUAACAAAAAUGAACGUCUUCAAGCCACUUGGAAAAUGCGACGUUUCCUCUUGCGAUCCUUCCGAAGAAGAAGUUACUGGGUUCUCAACGGAGUCCGAGAGUAUCCCUGGCCACCGCUCUGAACCCAUUAAAGUCGUAGUUGUCACUUUGAAAGAAGAACCAGCCGACAUCGAAGAAAUCAACUUCGAACACGAAAACGAGUACUCCAGUUUUGUGGUAAACAACUUUUCUGGCGAUGAGUCCGAAGACGAAACUUACUUGGACGAAAAUCAACGGCCGAGGUUAAGAAAACGACGCAAAGAUGGAUCUGCCAAGGUUUCUAAAAAGAUGAAGACACCGGUAAUCAGAAACGCUCCCUCUUUAAACUCUCUGGUCAAACCAGUAAGCGCUGUGGAUGAAGCCGUUGGCUUGGACUACACUGACGGCAACGAGGUCACUUACAUCAACACUCCGAUGAUCGACGAAGACAACGAAAUGGAACUCAUCCAGAAGCAGUACGAAAAGGCGGAGAAAAAACGAAAGAAAUCGCUGGAAAAAGAAGCAAAAGAAGCCUCAGAGCAGCGAAUGCGCCUUCCCCAAAUUAAAAACAUGACGGCAAAGUUGAAAACAGAGCUUCUGGAGAAAAUCGCCACGAGUUGCGGCAAAUGCGGAAACAGCGAACCGCUGCUCGACAUUCCGCAAAAAGACUACGACGUGCUCUUCCGGGAACACAUGAUGCAGGUGCACGGAGAAAAGGACGUCACCGCGCUGCAGAGCGAGUACGACGCCGAAAUGCUGCUCAAAUACAAAAACGCCAAGACUAAAGUCGUCGACGGAAAGACGCGUUACAUCUGCACCAAGUGUCCCGAGCCACUUUUGUCCUUUGAAGCGUAUAGAGAUCACGCUCAGUGGCACGCAGAAAUUGUUGAACGCGAAAAAAAUUUCAGUGCGAAGGAACAGACGUACCCCUGCUCGGAAGAAAACUGCCAUAGUAUUUUCACUAGCUUCUUGGGCGUCUGGAAUCACAUGAAGGUCGUGCACCCGCGCUUCGUCUUCCCAUGCCGAGUUUGCGACCAAGUCUCUCGCACCCAAUUCGGACGUCAGCAGCAUUGGCACAAGUACCACUAUGACGAGGGGACAAUCAAUGUCUGCGAAACUUGUGGCGAGUCCUUCACUUCUCAGUUCGCCCUCUACCAUCACACCAAGCAACACCGCGCAAAGAAGAAGAAAGAGGAAGACGAAGAAAACGGCAUCGGCAACUUGGCAUGCGAGUUCUGUGGAAAAGUUUACACGCGAAAGAUGUCGCUCAGAAAACACAUUGAAACUGUUCAUGGAGAGCCUAAGUACAAGUGUCCAUUGUGCCCAGCAAAGUUCCACCAUCGCAAAAACAUCCAACCACAUUUAUGUCGAGAGCACGGGGCGCCGCGUAAAUUCGCCUGUGAGCUCUGCGGCCAACAGUUCAUCCACGGAACGCACUACAAGAGGCACAUGAAGCUGCACGAAGAAAACCCGGGAAAAGUGCGGACGCCGAGGGCGAACCGCAGCGCCAACGGAGUCAACAGAAAGGACCAACUCAAGAAGGACGGGCAAAGCAGGCAAAAGCUGCCCACUUACGAGCCUGAGCCGAUUUCGAUCGCGACAUUCGGAAAUUUCAUCGAAAUGAAAAUCAUCGGCGCUGGAUUGUGUCGAACUGGAACCAUGUCAACGCGGAAAUUUCUUGACGACAACGGCUUUGGUCCCUGUUAUCACAUGCAGGAAUGCAUCUUGCACGGGCACAGGUCGAUUUGGGAAUCAGUCUUUGAAUCACAGGACUAUCAGCCAGUCGAUCAUCUUCUAGAAAGCUACAACUCCGGAUUGGAUCUUCCGUUCAUCGCCUUAUUCGAAGAAACGAUGGAAAAGCAUCCCGAUGCUAAAGUAAUACUGGGCGUCCGAGACAAUCCACAAGUUUGGGUAAAGUCGUGGAGAGCCACUGUUGCAAAAAUUUGCGAACUGCCGUUCUGGACGAAUAUUUGUUUGAUGAGCGAGAAGCCGAUUUCUGAUAUGGCUCAGUGCAACAUGCAGCGCUUUCACAACUAUUUCUGGAAAGUGGUGAUCGAAAAAGGAAACUCGAUUUCGGAAAAGAAAGUAGAAGUGAGGCCGACUUGGGAAAUGACGGACGAGCAAAUGGAACAAGUCUACUUGAAUUGGAACGAAUACGUCAUUCGAACGGUGCCAAAGGAGAAACUGCUAAUUUACAACAUCAAGGAAGGAGUAGCGCCGCUAGAAAACUUCCUGGGUCUUUCGCUGCCGGAAAAUUAUACGAUGCCCUUUGUAAACGAUACGAAGCAGUUUGAACAACUGACAAUCGCCGUCAAGGCAUAUUCCACAAUUCAAAUUAUGGGAUACUCCCUCUUCGCCGCCAGUUUAGUCACCAAGAGCAGAGGCCAUUUAACGGGCGCCCUGACCUUAAUUAUUGGCUCGCUUGGCGUGCACAGAAUAGUCCAAAAGGCGAAGCUCUCCGACCCUGUAAAUCCGUUUUCUUUCAAAGACCUGUUGCCCAAGUUUUGA